GGAAGUGUUUAGAAGAAGUGGAAACAUUUGGAUUAAAACACUAAACACAUUUGGAAUUAUUAGUCACAGAAGAACAGGCUGGUUUCUGUCUGCUCGUCUGCGGGUGAACGUCGGCAGGAUGGAGGGUGAAGUUACGGAAAUCUCCGACAGAUUGAACAAGUCUCUGUCCAUGAACACAGAUGGGGACAUGGACUGCUACAACAGACUGGUUCAAGAAGCCAAGGACGUGGCUCGAGCAGGAGACAUGAUGAAGGCCCUGGAACUGUUCAAAGAGGCUUUUGAAUGUCAGCCCAGCGAAAAACUGCGAGGCAGGAUCCAGCGAAUCGAGGCGUUCUUGGCUGAGAACGACUCUGAGGAUGAGGACGACGAGGAGUUUGUGGACGUGGACCACAGCGGGUUAAUGCUGUUUAAAGAGCUGCACGACAAACUGUACGAGUACCAGAGGGAGGGGGUGGCCUUCCUCUACAGCCUGUACCGAGACGGACGCAAAGGUGGAAUUCUUGCCGACGACAUGGGUCUGGGAAAAACCAUCCAGGUGAUCGCGUUCCUGUCGGGCAUGUACGACGGCGAGCUACUCAAACAUGCGCUGCUUAUCGUGCCAACAUCACUCAUCACCAACUGGACUAAGGAAUUCUCCAAGUGGACGCCUGGCAUGAGGGUGAAGGAGUUCCACGGAACCAGUACACGAGACCGGACCAGGAACCUGGAGAAGGUCCAGAGACGAGGCGGAGUCCUCAUCACCACCUACAGCAUGCUCCUCCACAACUGGCAGGACCUGGCGUCUCACCAGGGCCGAGAGUUCUGCUGGGACUACGUGAUACUAGACGAGGCCCACAAGAUAAAGUCCACCACCACCAAGACCGCCAAGUGUGCGUCAUCCAUUCCGUCUAAAAACAGAGUCCUACUGACAGGAACGCCUGUCCAGAACAAUCUGCAAGAAAUGUGGGCUCUGUUCAACUUCGCAUGCCAAGGUGCACUCCUUGGCACCGCUAAAACUUUCAAAACCGAGUACGAGAACCCAAUCACGCGGGCCCGGAUGAAGGACGCCACGCCCGGGGAAAAGGCCCUGGGGCUCAGGAUGUCCGAAAACCUCCAGUCAAUCAUUGCACCCUACUUUCUGCGUCGAACCAAAGCACAUGUCCAGAAAAACAAAACACGAGACACACACCCGCCUCAAAAGGAGAACUCAGACAGCCCCGACCCCCAAGUCUCAGAUCCUCCAGGAACCUUUAGAGCCUCCAUGCCGACUCUCACUAGAAAAAACGAUCUGAUAGUGUGGACGUACCUGAGUGAAGUCCAGGAGAGCAUCUACAGGCAGUUCAUCUCUUUGGACCACAUCCAGGAGCUGCUGAUGACCAGCCGCUCGCCGUUAGCGCAGCUCACCAUCCUGAAGAAGUUAUGCGACCAUCCUAGACUGCUGUCUGCCGGAGCCAUGGCCAAGUUAGGUCUGGACCAAAGCCAAGGCCACGAGGCCGACGUUCACGGCAUCGACAACGUCCCAGACCAGACAUUAAUAUCCGAGUCUGGGAAGCUGGUCUUUCUAGUCGAACUUCUGGAGAGACUCCGCGAGGAAGGCCAUCGCACGCUGGUGUUCGCUCAUUACAGGAAGAUUCUGGACAUGAUCGAACGCAUCCUGAAGAACCGAGGCUUCAGAGUGGUGAGGAUGGACGGUUCCAUCCUUCAGAAGGAAGAGAGAGAACGACGGAUCGCUCUGUUCCAGACAGACCAGCGCUAUUCAGUGUUUCUGCUCACCACUCAGGUGGGCGGAGUCGGCAUCACUCUGACGGCCGCCGACCGAGUCGUCAUCUACGAUCCCAGCUGGAAUCCUGCCACCGACGCUCAGGCCGUGGACCGAGCCUAUCGCAUCGGACAGACCGAAAACGUCAUCAUCUACAGGUUGAUCACCUGCGGAACGGUCGAGGAGAAGAUCUACCGGCGCCAGGUGUUCAAAGACUCUCUGAUCAGACAGAACACCGGAGACAAGAAGAACCCGUUCCGCUACUUCAGUAAACAGGAUCUGAAGGAGCUGUUCACCCUGGAGGACGUGGACCGGUCCAGGACCCAGAUGCAGCUUCAGGACCUGCACUCCAGACACCGUCGCACCGACCCCCAGCUGGACCGACACAUUGCUCACCUUCACACCAUGCGCAUGUUCGGCAUCUCUGACCACGACCUCAUGUUCUCCGUAAACGUAAACCGCGACGACGAGGCCGUGGAGGACCAGGAGGAGCACUGUUACAUCGAAGGCCGGGUCCAGAAGGCCCAGGAGCUGAUGGAGGCCGAGUCUGAGCUGCAGGUGCAGCUGGCCCGGAGCGUGGCCUCCAACACAGAAGCCGCCUGGCUCCAGCAACCGGUGGACCAGAGCAAAACCAGGAACCUGAAGUCCAGUCCUGACCAAACCAAGACCAGGAACCUGAGGUCCAGUCCUGCUUUUCCACCAAAUGUAAAUCGAUCGGCAAAUGUGGAAGAGCUGAACCAGUCUAGAUCUGGAGCCAGGGGUGUUGAAGAGAGUCUGAGUGAGGAGGUGAUGGACCUGACUCAAGCCCAGAGUCCGACAGACCAACCAGACCUGGACUCUCCAAAACCACAGAGGAAGGAGAGCGGUUACGUGGAAGGAGAUUCCUCAGCAAGUCCGAAGCUGUUUGAGGAAAGUUCGGUUCUGUCUGGAGAUACCGAAGCCACCCGGGAACCAGCUGACCCCAACGAACCCAGAAACCCACAAUCCAGUCCCGCGCAUCCGCGAAACGGAUCAGGACACGUGGAAGAGCCGGACAAGUCUGCGACAAACCACCAGACCCUGAGAGAAGACGUGAUCGAAAUAUCUGAUGACAACGAUCCAAAGAAACAACCAGGCCUGGACCACAACAGUUCAGUGGAGUCCCCGGUGGUCCUAGAGGUCACCAAACCAGGGUCGUCUAUGGUUGUGGACCCUGAAGCAGAUGAAGAGGCCGUGGAAGACGGAGACCCAAGUGUGGUGUGGGUUAAAGCAAAUGACACCAAGGAGCACCUGAACGGAACCUCCCAAAAGGACAAGUCCAUCACAGACUGCGCUGACGUCUGUCCUUUCCAGAACCAAAGUCUGUCCCUGUUCCAAACGUCCUGUUCUGGCUCCAGAGCCGACACGUCGUCCACGGAGAACCCGGGUCUGGAGUCCUUUGAGGGCUUUAAUCUACAGCUGGAGGACAGCGACGGGGACCACGUCCAGGACGACGACCGAGCUGAAGACGAGCAGAGGAAGCUGCUGCUUCAGCUCCAGGCCGACGGAAGCUUCGACGUUCAGAAGUCGCUCUCGGAGAGACGGCACAACGGAACGCACGACGUCUGUGAAAUGGACACCUCGGCAAACGAUUCGGUGGUGGCCUUUAAGAAGAAGAGAACAGCCGUCAUUUCCGACAGCGACGAUGAAGAGGACGAGGAUCAGCAGUUUCAGCGAUCCUUUCAGCUGCUCAGAGCGUCCACUCCAAAGUCCACACCCGUCCGAUCCAGGAAGAGCGUCGGAGGGAACACAUCUGUGGCCUCGCGUCGCUCCUUCAUCCUGUCCAUCAUUGAUGACAUGGAAAACCAGGACGAGCUGAUGAGUUCCACCGAGGCUGAAGAAGAGAACGCCUUAGGUCUGAUGCGCGACGAGCCGUCCGGGGAGACGUUAAACACCGAGGACGACCGAGAGGACGACCGAGAGGACGACCAAGAGGACGACCGAGAGGAGUCGACCGCAGAAGAAGAGCUGGAAUCCACGGAGAUGAUGGAGCGGUGCGCAGCGGAGGAGGCCUCGUCAGACCUGGUCCCAGAGUCCCAGGACUACGAGGGUCUGGUGAGCAGAGGACGAUCCUUUCGCAGCGGUGGGAAACUGGAGGAGGCGCUCAGCUGUUUCCUGAAAGCUGUGGACAUCAGACCUGGAGACUCGGAGCUCCAGCUGACGGUCAUCCACCUGUUCCAACAACUGAGCCGCAGGUGAACUGGGAUCAGAACCCGGUCCAGGACUCUUAUGCUGGACUAAAGGAUGACUAGAACAGAUACAAACCGGCAGAAACCGACCCACCAGUUUCAGACCGUGACUCUGGUUUCAGCUCAAACCUCCAUGUGUUAAAUAUGUUUCAAUAUUAAAAGUUCCUCCGCACCUGAACCUUUGAACCUUUGACUGUUUCUUCAGGAGUUCCUGCUGAACUUCAGGUUCUCAUGUGUGUUCUUUAACCCUCCAGUAUCCCGUCCACCAAGGCCCUUACUGAACACCAAGUGUGCCUUUUUCACACACUUGUGCAAUAAUGUCUAUAAGCAAAUGUUGGAAGCCCUUGUAGAAUGCACUGCUCAGACCAUCGGGCCCCGGUGACUUCUCUGACUGAAGACUCUGAAGAGCAAAGAGUGCUUCCUCCUCAGUGAUGGGUGCAUUCACUUCAGAUCUUUGAGCCUCACAGAUAGUAGGUAGAUUUAAAUCCUUGAAAAAUAGUUCCAUUUCUUUAAGUGCAUCUUCUGAUUUAUCUGAUUCAUACAGCUGUGAAUAAAAGUGUUGUUAAUAUGUACGUUAUCAUAAUGUCUAGCACCGUUUCCAUCCACAACAGAAACUAUCGUUUGGGGUCCUGAUUUAGAUUUAAUGAGACGACACAAAUAUGUGCUGGGUGUAUCACCUUGUUCAUAUAACCUCUGCUUUGAGAAAAGAAGAACAGUUUCGAGUUAACCAGGUGUCCAACGCAGCCUGUGUCGCACAUUUUCUUUGAAGCAGUAGGGGGUCGAUAGAUCUGCUGAGUGGUUUCUUAAUAUCCUCCAAGUCUUUUUCAAGUUUUCGUUGCUGCUCUGUUCAUUUCUGUCUUUUUGUAGCUGCAUAGGCUAUGAUUAGUCCCCGUAUAUAAGCUGUAGACCUUUCCCACAGGAAAGAGGGCUUAUUGGUCGAUUGCAGGUUGGCAGCAAAGAAAAGUUUAAAUUCACUAUGCAGAUAUGAAACAAAUGUCUCAUCUUUUAGAAAAUAAUCACAUUUGUAAUGGAAACAAACCAUUUUUUUGAUGCAAAAAACACAUUUUUUUUUCAGUAUACAUAAAAAGUGGAUCACAUAUUAGAUUUUUUCAUCCUGGCAUAUGUCUAUGA